UUUCGUUUCCCCCCUUCAAAAUCCUCCACUGCAUCAAAGUUUUCUCCUUCCUUUGCAAAAUGGCAGCUUCUUCCUUAAGUUCGUCCUUUCUGUCACCCUACACCCAACCCCAACCUAAACCUCAAAUCCCUACGGCCGCCCGCUUCUUCUCUCCGAUUAAAGCUACUGCUCAUUCCGACGAACCCGCCGCCACCCAAGCCCAAAAAUACCGGCGCCCGGCUGACUUGAAUAUCCGCGAAGAGGCGCGACGGAUCUGCUCAUCCCACAACUUCUCCGCCCGCUACGUUCCCUUCAAUGCCGAUGAGGACUCCGACGAGUGGUAUUCCCUCGACGAAAUCGUCUAUCGCAGCCGCUCAGGUGGAUUGCUCGAUGUCCAGCAUGAUAUGGAUGCUUUGAAGAAGUUCGAUGGGCAGUACUGGCGCUCUCUGUUCGACUCUCGCGUCGGGAAGACGACGUGGCCAUACGGCUCCGGCGUCUGGUCUAAGAAGGAGUGGGUCCUACCGGAAAUCGACGGCGAUGAUAUAGUGAGCGCUUUCGAGGGGAAUUCCAACCUCUUCUGGGCAGAGCGUUACGGCAAACUGUUUCUAGGCAUGAAUGACCUGUGGGUCAAACACUGCGGCAUUAGCCACACCGGCAGCUUCAAAGAUCUGGGCAUGACAGUUUUAGUGAGUCAGGUUAACCGGCUGAGGAAGAUGAAGAAGCCAGUUGUAGGGGUGGGAUGUGCCUCAACAGGGGACACGUCCGCUGCCCUAUCUGCUUACUGUGCUUCCGCAGGUAUCCCAUCCAUUGUCUUCCUGCCCGCAAAUCGGAUAUCCCUUGCCCAAUUGGUUCAGCCCAUUGCAAACGGGGCAUUCGUGUUGAGCAUAGACACUGACUUCGAUGGCUGUAUGCAGUUGAUUCGCGAAGUCACUUCAGAAUUACCCAUUUACCUGGCCAAUUCUCUAAACAGCCUGAGACUAGAGGGUCAAAAGACAGCAGCCAUUGAAAUUCUGCAGCAAUUUGACUGGCAGGUUCCUGAUUGGGUCAUAGUUCCGGGCGGAAACCUAGGGAAUAUCUAUGCAUUUUAUAAAGGGUUUCACAUGUGUAAAGAAUUAGGCCUCGUCGAUAGGAUUCCUAGGCUUGUUUGUGCUCAGGCAGCUAAUGCCAAUCCGCUCUACCUCCAUUACAAAUCAGGCUGGAAGGAUUUUAAAGCUGUGAAGGCCAGUUCAACUUUUGCUUCUGCCAUUCAGAUUGGUGACCCUGUAUCUAUUGAUAGAGCUGUUUUCGCGCUGAAAAAUUGUAAUGGCAUUGUAGAAGAGGCUACAGAGGAGGAACUGAUGGAUGCCACAGCUCAGGCAGACUCAACAGGGAUGUUCAUAUGCCCUCACACUGGUGUGGCAUUGACCGCGUUGAUCAAGUUAAGGAAUAAAGGGGUUAUUGGGCCGACUGAUAGGACUGUGGUGGUUAGUACAGCUCAUGGCCUGAAGUUUACUCAGUCAAAGAUUGAUUAUCACUCACAUGCCAUAAAGGACUUGGCUUGCCAGUAUGCAAACCCGCCUGUGCAGGUCAAGGCUGAUUUUGGAUCUGUCAUGGAUGUUCUUAAGAAAUAUUUGUUGAGCAAAGAAUCCAAGCACUAGGGCUUUCUUUGAUUCUUGGACGGAAAUUUUAACUUCUGCUCAUGUAUUAAUAGCACUACUGUCUUUUACUGGUUUUUCAAACUUUGUUUACUUGCCAUGUAGAUUUUUUUGGAAUAAAUUGUAGUGCAUGGAAUGCUUCAAUUUCAUA